UCUUCUUCGUUCGUUGUCACCUUCAAGAAACAAACAAAUUUUCAAAAAGAUUCGUUUUUUCUUUUUCUUCAGAAGAUCGAAUUUGAAAGAGAGACCAAAAAUGGCGUCUUGGAAUUCGAUUCCGCUGGAGAUCUCUUACGAAAUCGUUGGGUGGAUUGCUUUUGCUUCGUGGUCUUUUAGCUUUUACCCACAGCUGAUUUUGAAUUACCAAAGAAAAAGUGUGGUUGGAUUGAACUUCGACUUUGCGCUGUUGAAUUUGACAAAGCACUCAUCGUAUAUGAUCUACAACGUUUGCCUCUACUUUAGUCCUGUUAUUCAGAAACAGUACUUUGAUAUUUAUGGCGACAAAGAGAUGAUACCUGUGGCUGCAAAUGAUGUUGCAUUCUCACUCCAUGCAGUUGCAAUGACAGCUGCGACACUGUUCCAGAUCGUUAUCUAUGAUCGUGGAACUCAAAAAGUAUCCAAACUUGCUACAGGUAUUGUAGCUUUGGUGUUGGCAUUUGCAGCUAUUUGUUUCUUCAUAGCAUUACCUACACAGUCUUGGCUCUGGCUCAUCACGAUCUUCAACUCGAUUCAGGUCGUCAUGACAUGCGUCAAGUACAUUCCACAGGCAAAGAUGAACUUCACUAGGAAAAGCACAGACGGGUGGAGCAUCGGAAAUAUUCUUCUUGAUUUUACCGGAGGAGUCGCCAGCUAUAUGCAAAUGCUUAUGCAAUCUAUUGACCAAAAUUCUUGGGUGAACUUCUAUGGGAACCUUGGAAAGACUCUUCUAUCACUUAUCACAGUAUUUUUUGAUCUCAUCUUCAUGCUUCAACACUAUGUGUUAUACCCAGAGACGAAAACCUCAAAAACCGUGGAAAGUGAUCAGGAAUCGAACGAGCCUCUCGUUGAUUCUUCUCAAGAACAUGUUUAAAGAUGAGACAAUCAGAGUCAUUUGUUUUUCAGCAUUCCCUCUGUAUAUGUUCAAAUCACAAAAAAAAAAAAAAAAACAAACACAAAUGGAACAACACUUGAGACUCGUAGUCUAUUUAUCCUACGUAGUUGUUGUCUUAGUAUCAUUUUUAAUGUAUCAUUAUCACUUGGACAAGGAAUGUAUAUUACAAUGGUCAAUCUUGGUUUUUUUUUGUAAGAAUCCAUGUAACUCUAUUCUAGAGUACCAUUCAUUAAGAAAAAAAAAUUACGCCCCAAA